UCCCCAGGACCACCUGUAAUCGGGGCCCCAGUUAUAGCCCCGGCCGCCGUACCCGCUUGGCACCGCACCGCCGAGCCGAAGCGGUUGAGGAGCAGGAGGCAACCAUCCCUUUCCGAUCGAUGCGAGGGCGCCGCGAGUAGACUCCCAGCACCCCGCCAGCGCGCGCGCGCCAUGUCGGACGACAGCGACGGGCAGCGGCCAUGCCGCCGGGGCGUCACCGGCGACGUCGAGCUCGACGCCGCCAUGGCGCUGGCCGACAUGGCCGGCGCCGAGAGCCAGCAGCCGCGGCCGGGGGCGCCGGCGCCGCACCGACCUGCCGCCGCGGCUCACCAGGCGGCGGCGGCGGCGGCGGAGGACGAGGAGGAGAAGCUGGCGAGCACGCGGUUGAGCCUCGAGCUGGGCAAGGUGGGCAUCCAGUCCGCGGCGUCCCCCUGCUCCAGCAGCUCCAGCGCCGGCCACCCGCACCACCACCACCCGCACACCGCGCCCGCGCCCGCGCCGGCCGCCGCGGCGACGGGGUACGGCCCCCGCCCCCGCCACAUGCUCACCGAGGCCGAGAAGGAGGCGAAGCGGCUGCGGCGCGUGCUGUCCAACCGCGAGUCCGCCCGGCAGACCAUCCUCCGGCGCCAGUCCAUCCGCGACGAGCUCACCAGGAAGGUCGCCGACCUCUCCUCCCAGAACGAGAACAUGAAGAAGGAGAAGGACAUGGUGACGCAGGAGUACCUCUCGCUCAAGGAGGCCAACAAGCAGCUCAAGGAACAGGUGGCGAGGACGACCAAGAAGGCGCCCGCGGCAGCGGCGGCGGUGCCCAUCCAGCAAGCGGCGGCGGGGGAGGCCAUGGCGGCUCCGGCGGCGGCGUCCCCGCCGGCCACGCCGCCGAGGCCGGGGUUCCUGUACGCGGCGGCGCCGCCGGCGGUGCCCUACGUCUGGGGCUCGUGGCCCCCCGGGCCCGGGUACGAGCACCACCACCACGGCGGCAGCCCGCCGCCGAUCUGCCUGCCACCCUGCGCGUGGUACUACCCCGUCGUGGCGGACCCGCGCGGGUCGCCGACGUCCGCGUACCCGCCGCCGCCGCAGCAGCAGCAGGCGCAGGCGGCGGCGUUCCAGCCGGCGGAGCCCGCGGGCAGCGGUGGCGGCGCGACGGCCGAGGAGGACACCGACGACGACCCGUGCUCGCUCACGCUCGGCCUCGACGUCGCCGACAGGAGGAGCGCGCCGAUCAGCAUCGACGCCCGCGGCGGCGCGGGGCCGAGCGGCAGGGACAAGGCGGCGACGGCGGCGGAGGCCAGGAAGCGGAGGAAGGAGCUGACCAAGCUCAAGCACAUGCACGCCGCCGGCCGCCCCGGGGGCGAGCCGUGUUAGGCGGCGGGAGGGUGACAGCAUCAACUAAUGACAGGGAGUGCACUACUACGGCAUUGGUGGCGGCGGUGACUCCAUUGGUUUCCUCGGCGGCGAACUAAUAAACCCCGUGAUGAUCUGAUCUCUUCUUUGGAUCGAUUGCUUCCAUGUUUCUUUUGGUUUAGUAUUUUUUUUUAGGGCUUUCUUUUGGUUUAGUAGUGUAGGAAGGAAGGGUUGCAUGCAUACGCAUUUGGUCGUGUCCUGAAGCCUCAAGGCAUUGGAGGAAAAAUGUUUUCUUUCUGUUUUUCGUAGUAUUCUUUGCUGCCUGCAAUAUGUAACUGAAGAAGAAGAAGAAGAAGAAACAAGUCCUAGUUAGCAGUA